AUGCCGGCGCGCUGGGCGUCGUCACAGCGGCCGCUGCUGGUGCGCACGGUGUGGGUGGACGGCGCGCGCCACGCCAUCCUCUCCGCGGACGACCCCGCCGCCCACGGGCCGCCCACCGCGCGCUGCUGCCGCUCCGCCCCUGGGGGCGGCGGCGCCUCCUCGGGGGCGGCGCCUGCUGCGCGUCAGCUUCCUGCUAGGGCCCGAGCCGCCACAGGGACCCGCGCCGCCCCCGCUGCACCCCCACGGCGCCCGGGGCCACCCGCGCCGGCGCUGGCCCCCGGCGUCGCGCCGUCCCCGCUGCUGCGGCCGACCCUUCGUGCCUCUAGGGCCGCCCCCGAGGCGGCGGCGGCGGCGAUCGAGAGUCCGGGGGCAGAGCAGCUGGCCGGCCCUCUGUCGGAGCGCGUGCUGCGCUGGCUGCACCUGGCGGGCCGCGACGCCCCCGCGCCGCCCUCGCCGCCCCUGCCGCCCCAGCAGCCGCCGCCGCUGCCUCCACCGCUGCCCGCGUCGCCCCGGCCGCUGAGGACACCGCGUCGCGUGGUGCGCACAGUCAGCCUGGAGGCGUCCCCGCCGUCGCCGCCGCCUCCGCCUUCGCCUCCGUCUUCGCCGCUGCCUUCGCCCCCUCCGUCCCCGGAACCGGAGCAGAAGGCGGGCCAGUGUCGCCCCCAGCUACACGUGUUCGUGCCCACGCUGCCGAGGGACUGCGACACCCUCAGCUGCCACAGUGAUUCCUGA